UUUCACUCACAUACACUGCUCAGCUUUUCUUGAACUCUUUCUUCAUGACCAAUCUCACCAAGAAGGCCGAUUCUGACAAUGAUUCAAUACUAGAUGGAAUUGACUGCCUAUCGGUCACGACCGUUCGUACACCUGAGAUGUCUGCCAGUAUCAUAUCAGUUAUUGAAGAGCAGCAAGACAUCAAUGCUGACGAUGACAUAAUCAUUGGGUAUCUGCGGACGAUUAUUGGAUAUCGUUCUUCUAUUCACUCGUAUCAGCAGCAGAACUUCCUGAAGGCAUAUACGGCUAUCAUGUCUGGCGAGGUUAUUCGUAUCCCUAAUAGGACGUACAGAUCAUUCAAUGUGGAGUCUUUGGAGGUGCGUGUGAAGCAUCACAACUCAAAGCUCAAGAACAUUAAGCCAGAUAUCAAGAACACAGCGCCCAAGCAGGAUAUCCCUGCUACCCGGCUGUUCAAGGUCCUGAACCCGGAGCUGUUCAUGAAACCGAACCGGUGGAUCAUGGGUGGAGGAGUCGUGGCCAUGGCCGGAAUCAUCUUAUGGCUUGGGUCUGGAGAGCUCAAGCACCGCCGAGAACAGGCGCUGAUAGCCAGUACCCAAAGCAGUGAGGAAAAACCGCGCACGCUGACGUACCAGGAGCAAAUGGCCGAGCGCAAGCGGAGCAGCUAGCAUGUAUUUGAUUCAAUGCAAUAAAAAGCCUAUUCCUGGGUCUUGGUAUCAGACAUCCGCCACAUGUACCAGGUAGCUACCGAUCUGUACGGUUCCCAGAUCCUGCCUAGUGCCACCAGCUCGUCAUGUGUCGGCGUUGUCUUGGUGAACGGCACGCCAAAAUGCUUGCACAUGGACUUGCGAAUCGCCAGGUCCAGUGUCGGCAGCACAUUGGCGCGCUUCAGGUGGAACAUUAGGAACAUGUCGGCGGUCCACGGGCCGAUUCCACGGAUGGCCACUAGGGCCUUCGUCACCUCGUCAUCAGAUAGUGCUGCCAGUUUGGCAUCGGAAAGCUC